UGCUCAUCUCUUGACGAUCCUGUUGGGGGAAGACCUGCUCAGAACCGUGGAGAAGUCGUGCCAAAGCCUCAAUCAGAAGAGUUGACCCAUGCAGCUUUUAAUUGCAUGACGGCUCUCUUUAGAGUGCUAGAGGGGCCGGUGGCGGCGCAGACCAUUUUCAACGAGAUAGGAACAGCAACAAUUAUUGACCAGACAGUUUAUAUACUUCUGGAAGGAGUCACAGAUGGGGCCUCUGAUGCCAUCCAGAAGGCUGCUGUGGCAGCUCUUCAAGCUCUCGUCGCCCGCAUUACAGAUCGAGUAGUCCUAGCCAGUAUCAUGCCCCGAGCAGUAUCUGAUCUGACGAAGGUCUUGAAACCCACGACACAGUCUCGCCGCUCUUCCCGGUUUCUACAGAUGUCUCUGCAAUUGCUAACAGAAAUACUGCACGCUGUUCUCAACGAUACUGUCGCCCUUUCGGGUCCAGCGCAACCAGAUAAGCCGACGUCGAAUGACAGGAUAGUGCUCGACGAGUCAUGGCUAAAAGCAACAACUGCUCAGAUUAAAGUCGCCCUUGCAAAUGUUACUCAAAUAAGGCGUCACGAACGGCGAGAGGUUAAAAAGGCUCUUCUUGAUCUUUGUCUCAUGGUCAUAGAACAAUGCCCUAAGACGCUGAAGGACUCGUUGGUUUUAAUGGUAGAGACGAUCGUCGUUCUUUCUGAGCUCGACGAAAAUAACAAGCCCAACGAUGCAUAUUCUGCAUUGCAGCACCUUGCCACUACUUACUCCCAGGUUGUGGACAUUCUGAAAGAUCUGCUCCAUACGUGGAUCAUGUCCUUCCACAGGACUAUGCAGGGCAACGACGAGGUGGCCAAGCAGAGAGCCAUCAGGCAAAUAUCAACUGCAUUCCAAAUUCUUUCCCAAGUCCAUUCCAGCUCAGGGAUUCUCGAUAAUAGCAUGGCCUUGGGAUUAUGCGACAGCGUCGCUGCAGUCGUUGAGUCAUCAAAAACGAUGCCGCAACCACUAAACUCCACUGGAGGUCAAGAGCUGGAAGUCAGUGUGCUCGAACGACGGAAUAUACUGCAUUCUUUUCCUCCUGUACUCCUGGAGCAUCGGAGUCAGCAGCAGACUCUUAAAGAUCUGCAAUCCAUGAUCUCAAGGCUCAAUUCGACAGAUUCUGCAGAGGCGAUUACGCGGUCAAUAAUGAAUCGCAUACAUUACGCUUCUGGGGACUCCCUUAUUGCUCCAUUCUGGCUUGCUCUUGCGUUUCUGAAAAACACCUCUAAUAAAACUAUAAGUAUCGACGAGUUUGUAUCCUUUGAAAAUGCACAGUCUUCAUCACUCUCUUCCGCUCGCGCCACCAUGAUCGAAGAGUUAUACUCUGUCGCAUUGCCGAUUUUAAAUGAACCUCCAACGGCAGUGCAGCGAGAUUGGCGUAUCUCGGCACUUGGUUUGGAGGCGGUUGCUUUACAAGCCCAACAGCUUGGAGAAGCUUUCCGGCCGGAGCUGAUAGAUGCAUUAUACCCUGUUCUACAGUUUCUGGCGUCAAACAAUCCAAACUUGCAGAAUCACGCCAUGGCGUGUCUGAACAUCCUCACCACAUCUUGCAAUUAUCCAGAUACGCGCACUAUGCUCAUUGAAAAUGUGGAUUAUCUCGUUAACUCUGUGGGGUUGAAGCUUAACACGUUUGAUGUAUCGCCUUACCCACCGCAAGUUCUGCUGAUGAUGGUCAGGCUGUGUGGAGCUAGCUUGAUCCCAUACUUGGACGAUCUGGUCGACUCGAUCUUUGGUAUAAUCGACAUGUACCAUGGAUAUCCAAAACUCGUGGAGCUGCUUUUCUCUACGCUGGGGGCAAUCGUGGAGGAGGGCGUCAAGGAACCGUCCUUACUAGCUAUCACCAGCAAUGGCGAAAGCGAUACUGUCAAUCAUCGCAAACGCCAGUAUGAACCUGUUUCAAUCGCCAAGCUUGUCGAAGAUUUCGCGAAUCGGAGAAACAAGCGCGCUCGGUAUGAUGAUCUGGAGUUCGAGGCUGACGGAGAAAGACUGUCACACCCCAAACGUCCGUGGACGAUGGAGCUCGACGGACCACCCCAGCCAAAAGAAGAAGAAACAGACUCUCUACCUGAAAUUCUAAAGGAAGAAACAGAUGAGCCACUUCCACCACCUAAGGAACCAGAAGAUAGUGAGAAGCCUCUCAGCAAACCGCACACGCUUCUGCUUCACAUAGUCAAAUCUAUCCCGCCUCACCUCGGAUCUCCCUCACCAUUCCUACGCCGCUCCCUGCUCUCUCUUCUUACGCAGGCACUUCCUGUUCUCGCGCGAAAUGAGAACAGUUUCUUACCUCUAAUCAAUGAGCUUUGGCCGUCCGUCAACUCCAGAAUUGCCUCCCCACAGUCUCUCUCAUUGGAUCUCAUUCCUUCCGGCCUCACGACUACUAGCUCUUCAGAGGUCACUCGACGGCCAGAGCGGACUGUGGACGAGGGAGACAUCAAGGAAGAGGUCUUCGUAGUCAGCGCUGCUUGCACAGCCGUUGCAGCCAUGUGCGAAUAUGCCGGUGAUUUCAUGGCCUCGCGUGUUGAAUCCGAAUAUUCGCGCUGGAGACGCCUUUAUCUACAGGCAUGGGAAAAGGUGCGGGUGGAUGCUGAGAAGAGCAUAGAACGCCGAGCUCAAUAUCAGAGAAGACAGCUCGCGGGGACAGAUGGCAAAGGGUCCAAUAAUCAGUCCCAAAACUCGUCAGCAGCAGGAUUAGAUCUGACACUUGGCCUAAGUCUGGCCCAGUCAGGCACAGCAGGAUCUCGACCGUUCACGCCCCAUCACACCCUCUGGCGGGGACUGCUCGCCUUAUUCAUUAGCAUGCUCCUCCAUGUCCGACUACCGCUCGCCACGGGCGACGAGAUCUGCGAAUUCCUAGGUGCGUGGAUCACAAGGUUCGCCGGACCGGGAUACUACAACUCCCGGAUAUCAUCCAAGAGGAAAAAGACCACCACACAAAAAGGUUACGACGACAACAACAAAGACCUGGAAGCAGUCGAAGCCGCCAUCGAGGCGAUGGAAACGUGGAACAAAGACCUCACGUGGUUCAUCUUCCAGCAAGAGCGGGCCAAGAUAAUGAGGUUGAUAAACAAGAGUGGUGCCACCGGCAGCACACCUGCCGGUAGUAGUGUCAAUAAUAAUUGUGGUGGUGAUGGCGGCGAUCUCCUCCAAUCACGCCUACAUGAGGCCCUGAAGAAGAAAUUUCCCAAAGGAAGAGGAAACGGAAAUGCGAAGUUGAAGUUCGCGGAAGUAGCCUUCUAG